AUGCAGGGCUUUCGCGGGGAGCUUAAGGCCAUCAGUGUAGAACUUUUUGCCUCCGUUGCAGCUUACGGAAGACUUUUAUCAUGCCGCAGAGCUGAGCGUCCAGCGGCAGCUGUGCGAGAAGCAGCCCGCAUUCUAAAACCAGUACCAAAAUCGGCGUCUAGAACAGCAAAAGCUCCAACACCACCUCCUUCCGUAAGCGCGGGAGGCGCUUUUGGAUCAAGAGGCCCUUCAGGUUCUCUGACACCUCGUCAUCACGGUGCACCUCCGCGGGAAGUGGAAGGCUCUGCAGCAGCACGCAGUCCAGCAGUGGACCUUGCAACAGCCACCACGCCUCCUGCAGCGAGUUGUGCUGCAGAUUCCUCCCCAGGCAACGAAUUGAUCACGACUCUCCACGAGCAGCAGCAUGGAGGGUCACAAGCGAAGCACGACCAGCAACACGCCACCGAUAUUUUCAAUCAGAGGCCUAAAGAGCAGCAGACAGCCACGCACGGACAGCAGACGGAGGAAAGCGUUGCAACAGCUGCCGCAGGUGCUGUUGGCGUGAAUGUUUCGCCGCAUUCCUUCCCACGGCGAGAUCCGGCGAACGCAUACUUUCAGCAGCAGCAGCCGCUUUCCUUCCUUAAAGGCACUGCAAUUUUGCAGCACUCAGGGAUCGCUGCUCAAACUGCGUCAGCAGAGGCAGCGCCAUCAGCCGCUGCAGCAGCAGCAGGUCCUGCCCUUGCACCCCCUUUGGACUCUUCAGCAGUCAGACCUCUAGAAGGGGCUGAGAGACUGCAGCAAGCCACGUCGGUUCUUUUUUCGUGCAGAGGAAAAACGCUCUCUCAUGCUGCUUCGGUGGCAGCAGAAGCAGCAGCGGCAGCAGCAGCUGCUGCGAAUGCCUUCCGCGUCCUAGAGCAGCACGAACGGCAAAGGGCUCUGCAGCGGCAGCAACUGCUGCCGACACCCCGGCGCAGCAGCAGCAGCAGCAGCAGCUAUUGUUGUCGCUGCCCUCCGAGACUCAGCAGGAUCAUGCAGGGUGCACAGCUACAACAGCCCCCUCGAUCACGCACUCGAUUGCGAAGCAACAGCAGCUCCUGCUAUGGAGAGGGACCCUGCAGCUACGCAUACGGCAUACUGCAAGCAGCCCACUUCGGUAAAGGUGACGACGACACUGAAGACAGCGCGGCAGCAGGCGCCGCUGCUGCUGCUGCUCUAUCCGCUGCAGCUGCAGGGCCAGCUGCUGCAGUUGCCAAGGCUCUCGUUGCCGCUGCACCUGUCAUAGAGGCAGCAGCAAGAGCAGCAGCAGCAGCCGACACGCUGCAGAAAAGCGCAGCCGCAGAAAAUGCCGAAGCGGCGGCAACCUCAAGCCUAAGACCGACAUCACGAGCCUAUAUUGCCUCUUAA